AUGAAAGCUUUCUACUCCAUUCCUCUCCUCCUCCCCUCCCUCAUCUCUGCUCUCCCCAGUGAUUCAGCUGAGGUUGAGCUAGAUAGGAAGGCUUGUGUUUCUUUCAAGAACCCCGUCACCAAAGACACAGGUUGCUGUGAUACCGUGACUGCAGAGCUCUUCUGGGUUGAUAUCCUUCUCGGUCUUGGGGUGUGUUGUCCCCUAGGCCAAGUUCUUGACGGGUUCAACUGUGUCGCCCCUACCUCCAACGGUAGCACCUGUACUGGUGAACCUGUCUGCCCGAACAAAACGGGCACUGAUAUAGGCAUCAAGUACAGCCACUGCUACGUUCUCCUCAGUCUCAAUAACAACUAUCUGGGCCAUGAUUCUGGUACGAAGUACGUCGUUAACGGCGAAAACCCUGGUGUUGUGUUCCGCGUCUGUGGCGACACUACCGACUGCACCACCUCGGCCGAUCAAUACGUUGCUACCAAUGGAACAUGGUACAUGCAAGACCAGUUCGGAGACCCCAACGGUUCUGGUUUUGCAUGGCUAGGCGGUUCCGGCGAUCUUUCGAUUCAAAACUCCUCCAGCUCGGCACUUGUCGUGGGUGGUUCGACUACUUGCUUCGGCGGAAGUUGUGCAAUUUGCAUUAGCUUUCCUCCUGGUGGUGCUCAUGCUCCUUGCCCGCUGGCACCAGGCCAGUCUCAUUUAGGCAUUGCAUCUAACCCAAACAGUUGCCAGAACUUUUAUUGGCAAGAGGUGCCGUGCCGCUCAGAGAAGUAA